AUGGCGGGCUUCAAGUUAAAGGAACUUCUGAAGCAUCAGAAGCAAAUCGAGAAAGAGGAUAAAAAGGAAGCGGUGAAGAAGGACCGGAAAUCGAAGGAAUUGGAGAAAUUGAAUGAUGAACCCGUUGUGGUGAGCCAUGAGGAUGCCGUGGAAGAUCAAAAAGUCGCCACUGCUGACGAGAAGGUCGCGGACAAGCCUCAGGAGGAGUACCAGAGCCAGGCCUUGUCUAGAAAGGAGAGGAGAAAGUUAAAGAAACAACAGAAGAAGAGCCAUCCAACCGAGGAUGAGAACAACGAUAGCGAAGAAGAGGAGGAAGGUGAAGGCGAUGAGGAGAACUCCAGCAAGCGCUUGCAACUUGACAAGCUCGAAAUGAGCGAGCCUGAAGACGAGGAAGAAGAAGACGAGGAGAACGAGGAUCAGGAAGCUCAGAGCGAAGACGAGGAAGAGAAGGAUGUGCCUCUGUCUGAUGUCGAGUUCGACUCCGACGCCGACGUUGUUCCUUUCCAGAAAGUCACCGUGAACAACAGCAACGCCAUCAAGCACGCGCUGGAGCGCGUCCAACUGCCAUGGAAAAAGCACUCUUUCCAGGAGCACCAGUCCAUCACUUCGGAGGGCAACACCGACGAGACGAUCAAAGACAUCUACGAUGACACCCAGAGAGAACUGGCCCUCUACAAGCAGUCUCUGGAUGCUGUUCUUCAAGCAAGACAGAAACUAAAGACGCUGAAGGUGCCCUUCAAGAGGCCUUUGGACUAUUUCGCGGAGAUGGUCAAGAGCGACGAGCACAUGGACAAGCUGAAGAGCAAGCUCGUGAGCGAGGCCAGCGACCGUAAGGCCAGAGAGGACGCGCGCAAACAGAGACAGCUCAAGAAGUUCGGUAAGCAGGUGCAAGUGGCCACUCUGCAGAGCCGUCAGAAGGAGAAAAGAGAGACUCUAGAAAAGAUCAAGUCGCUCAAGAAGAAGAGAAAGCACAACGAGAUCGACGACUCCGCGUUCGAUGUCGGUAUCGAAGAGGCGGCCACUGAAAAGGGCUAUGACAAGAGGCAAAAGCCCAAUGGCAAGAGGCUGGCGAAAGACGCCAAGUACGGCAAGGGAGGCAUGAAGAGAUUCAAGCGUAAGAACGACGCUCAGUCGUCCUCCGAUAUUACCGGCUUCUCGUCCAACAAGAUGAAGGGCAAGCCAUCGCGUCCCGGUAAAAGCAGACGUGCCAAAAGAUUUUAG